UCCUCCCUUCACACCGUAUCAUAGCAACAGAACGCUUACCAUCCGAGCCAUCCAAGAGGGAACAACAUUACCAGCAGAUCGCGGUAUGUUGUAAAAUUGCUACAUCUCUCCGUCGUUACGUGAUGUCCUACGCCAAUGACUGUCAAAAAGGCUCCUCGGACGCCUCUAUACCCAGAUCGGACGAGCAGCAGUCAAAACAUGCUGAAGCCAACUUCGGUGUCCAAAAUGGCACAGAGAACCUUGAUGCUGACCAGGCUCUCAAAAGUGUUUCACAGGAACUGGAUUCUCAUGUCUACUCGGCUACCUCUAUUGUCCUGCCCAGUCAGCAGAAAGCAACCAAAACCCAUCCACUGACUCUGAACUGGGCAUUUGGCAUCAACAGCAUGCUCCCAGUGUUCUGCCUGCAGGAUGAUGAGUGCCUGGUCAUUCUGUAUGUCUGUGCACAUGUGGCUGUCAUGUAUGACCACACCACCAACACACAGCACCUGCUUCAGGGCCACUGUAGCCCGAUCUCCUGUGUGUGUGUGAGUAAGGACCGCCGCUGGCUGGUGACUGCAGAUAAGGGUCAAGACAGCCUGGUUAUUGUCUGGGACACAUAUACUUGCAUCCCUGUGCGGACCUUAUUUGAUUGUCAUCCUGAAGGGGGCACUGUUGCAUUAGCCCUUUCUCAUGACUCCAAACAUCUGGUUUCGGUGGGGGCUGCAGGAGUGCAGCAGCGUGUGUGUAUCUGGGACUGGACCAGUGAAUCAGAGAGUCCUUUGUGUGUAACUGAACUUCCCCAAGAGUUUGGUACUCAGAAACACAUUUUAUUCAACCCCAAUGACAAUACCCAGCUGCUUAGCACCAGUGAGAGCAGGGUGCUGUUUUACACAAUGGAGGGGGCGACUCUGCAGUACUCGGCCCCUGAGAUCUCAGACAAGACGUUCAAUAAGGCGGUGGGUGCAUUCACCCAGUCAGUGUUCCACAGCGGAGGAGCGCAGGCCUUCAGCGCCACCUCACUGGGCAAUCUGCUGAUGUGGACACAGAGGACAGAGGGGAUGGACACAGGGUCCAGCUACGCCGCACUCAAACUCAUCCCACUCCAGGAGGAUGCCAUUACUGUACUCACACAAAUAGACAGCUACAUAGUCAUAGGUGACAGCCGGGGUCAUGUGAAGUUCUACGACAGCAGGAUGAAGCUCAUCAGCCACUACAGCGACUUUAACCUGGACUCCAUCAGCUCGCUCUCAUUCGGCACCACAGUGCCCAAUGGCCACAUGGGACACCCCCGUGACUGCACGCUCGCAGCCCGACCCUUCGUCAUUCAGAACUUGGUCAUCUCCACACAUACAGCUGUAGUUGUGCAUGUGACCUCUCAGGGAAGUGUGGUGCAGACCCUGCUGAAGGAGCAUGCUGAUUCGCUGCAGGCUGUGGCCUGUCACCCACGGCAACCUGUUGUUGCCAUGGCCAGUAACAGUGGCAUCCUCAAGGUGUGGGACUAUGAGCAGAGAAAGUUGGUGUGUAGCCGCCUCUUCCAGAAAGACCCCCAGAUCCAGUGCCUGGCCUACGAUCCAUACGGAGUGUAUCUGGCAGUGGGGUUGGCAAAUGGAGUGGUGUGUGUGUUGGAUGGCUGCAGCCUUCAUUCAGAGGACGGGGACAGUUUCAGCUACAGCUCUGACUCAAUCACACACAUGGCCUUCUCGCAUGACUCCCAUUACCUGGCUGCUGCAGAUGACGGUAAGGCGGUGACACUGUUCCACUUGUGUUCGGAAGAGGGUGUCCAGCGCUGGCGCUACCAGGGCCGCCACCACUCCCACUACAUGCCCAUCAGGGACCUGCUGUUUGGAGAGCAGCUGGACACUGGUCUGCCCAGACUCCUGUCCCUGGGAGAGGAUCGCAGGCUGGUGGAGUAUGAUCUGCAGGCCAGUGGUGAUGACAGACUGGUGAUCCUGAGUGCUGAGAGGAUUGAGCAGAGCGGAGUGCCCAUGUGCAUGACCUGGUACCCGCCACUCAACACGGAACACUUCCUGCUCACUGCAUCCCACCUCUACAAGAUGAAGCUCUACAACAGCACCACCAAAAUGUGCAGGAAGACAUUGCUGGGACCCUGUUUUGGCUCCCCUGUCAGGAAGAUGAUGUUAUUGCCACGGAACAAUGAUGGAGACCCCAAUGCCCGCUACAUGGCUUACAUCACCACAGACAAGGUAGGGUUGCAGAUCCUCCCUCUGGAUGGGAAUCCUCACCGCUGCAGUGCCCAGCUGUGUCACCCCUCGGGGGUGUCCAGCUUGGCCGUCUCUCACGAGGGCCGCUACGCAUUCACAGCAGGGGGAGCCGACUGCACGGCUUUCUGCUGGGAGAUCAGCCUCAGUGCUCUGGAGGCUGCAGCAGCCCUGGGUGGUAAAGACCUGGACCCCUUUUACAGCCUGUUGGAGGGAGGGAGAGAUGGCCAACUCUUCAGGGAAAUGGAGGAUUACUUCUACUACAGCCAGCUGCGCACUCAAGGCAUUGACAGCAUGCAGAUGCGGCAGGUGUCCACCCACAUCCCGCUGGCAGAAGUGCCCUUUGUCAUGAGGGCCCUUGGCUUCUACCCCACUGAACAGGAGCUGGAGGACAUGCAGAAUGAGGUGAAGUUUAGUCGCUAUGCAGAGACGGGCCAGUACGUCACGCACGUAGACCUGCCUGAGUUCAUCCGUCUGUUUGUGAACCACCGGCCGGCGCUGGGCCUCAGGCUGCACGAGCUGCAGUGGGCCAUCAGCGUCCUGGGGCAGAGCGAUGGCACAGGGGACACACAGAUCCCCCGAGACCUCCUGAUGGAACUGCUGCAAGCCAGAGGAGAACACAUGACAGAGGAAGAACUGGCGGAAUGUUUCAGCACACUGCUUGGGGUCAGCUCAGAAGGCGGGAGGUCAGAAGCAGGCAGUAUGCACUGGCCAGACAAAGAGACACUCCUAGAUACGGAGAUCCCUGAAGAGAUCACCUUGGAAACAUUUGUUAAAGGCAUCCUGGGGUUUCCUCUUAGCAACCAAGAGGGCUCAAUCUCCUCCUCCGACAUCUCCUCACUUCUGCCUCCGAAAGACACCAAUGAAGUACAGUCAUAAGGACACUAAUUUUAGAGCAGCAUUUCACACACAGUGACUCUUAAACCCAGUACAUACUUGCUGUUACUUUCUAUUGAAUGUCACAUAAUUAAAAUGAGAAGUAUUGAAGGAAGUAAACCAUAUGAGACAUUUGAACAGCAUUUAAACUCCUUAAACACAUGGAAACAUUCUGAUGAUAUAGGUAUGUCCAUACCAUCUGUUUGACAGAACAUUUUGGAGGUGUGUGGUAGCAGUUCUAACAUGAGUUCACCAUAAUACAA